AUGCGACGGGAACCCCUGGUGGCACAAUUAGGAACUCCUGCGAAGGCGGCGUCCUUCAUGCACUUGGGAGAGUCCUUCGUGCACUUUGGAGGUGUAAAGGUUAUUGGUCAUGAUACAACAGUCAUAUAUGGAGAAAAUGCCACUUUGUUGUGUCAGCUUACUAAAACUGAUGAUGAUCUAACUCGUAUUAUAUGGAAGAAAAAAACACGAGAAAAGCCUGAGGAGGACGCCUUCUUUGUCAUUCGACAAGGUGGCAAAACUGAACAAAGGAAUGGAUUAGAGGACAGAGUACAAUUUAUUGGGAACUUUGCAGAGAAAAAUGGAUCAAUUCAGCUGCUUAGAAUGAGGCUACUGGAUGAAGGGAUCUACACAUGCACCUUCAACCUAUACCCUAGUGGGCCAUUAGAGACGGACAUCAACGUCACAGUUUUUGCUCGUCCUGCGGUUAAUGUGAGAGGGGAGGAGCCUGUUGCUGGUUCUUUAGAUAUGAAUUUGGCAUCAUGCUUUGCCUCUAAUGCUCGGCCUCCAGCAGAAGUGAUGUGGAGAUUAGGAGAUCUGAAUAACUCCCUCAGGACAAUAACCAAUCAUACAGUGAACCCAGAUGGGACUGUUACUGUUGUGUCCUACCUACUGGGGGCCACAUUCAAACACUUAAAUAAGAAGAAUGUCCAGUGCAUGGUGAAACAUGGCACUCUAAAAGAAGAACUUGUGCUGGACUACACAAUAAACAUCCAUUAUCCUCCUGCGUCAGUGGUUAUAAUUCCUGACAGUUCAACACAUGCUAAAGAAUUCAAGUGUAUAGUGGAUAGUAACCCAGAACCAACCAGCUGCUCUUGGACAAGAGACAAUACUCUCUAUUAUGAAGGCAACAAGCUUCCUGUCCCAAAAUGGUCCUCUGACUUUAAUGGCUUGUACAUCUGUAAUGCUUCAAACCAGUAUGGAAGUUCAUUAGGUUCUCUGUAUGUGAAUGUUCAUACUGAAUCCAGCACCAUCUGUUGGGGUCUGUUUGGUUUUGUCAGCUGCUUAGCUGUUCUUGCUGCUGUUGCUGGUGUGAUUUUCAAAUUCAAGCAUUAUGAGGAGUGGUAA